CUUGGUCCCAUAUCCAAGAAUCACUUUAUGUUGUGUUCUUAUGCUCCAGUUAUUUCUGCUGAAAAGGCUUAUCACGAACAAUUGUCUGUUGCUGAAAUUACCAACUCUGCUUUCGAACCAGCCUCAAUGAUGGCUAAGUGUGAUCCAAGACACGGUAAAUACAUGGCUUGUUGUUUGAUGUACAGAGGUGAUGUCGUUCCAAAGGACGUCAAUGCUGCUGUUGCAACUAUUAAGACUAAGAGAACUAUCCAAUUCGUUGACUGGUCUCCAACUGGUUUCAAGUGUGGUAUCAAUUACCAACCACCAACUGUCGUUCCAGGUGGUGACUUGGCUAAGGUUCAAAGAGCUGUCUGUAUGAUUUCCAACUCUACUGCCAUUGCUGAAGUCUUCUCCAGAAUUGACCACAAGUUCGACUUGAUGUAUGCCAAGAGAGCUUUCGUCCAUUGGUAUGUCGGUGAAGGUAUGGAAGAAGGUGAAUUCUCUGAAGCCAGAGAAGAUUUGGCUGCCCUUGAAAAGGACUACGAAGAAGUUGGUACUGAAUCCCAAGAAGGUGAUGGUGAAGAAGGUGAAGAUGGUGGUGACCAAUAA